GCAGUGCGGUCAAGCGAUACGCAUCGUUAAGUUUUGGCCCGAAAAACGCGCUUAGUUCAAUCGAAGCAGUAGAGUGCGCACGGUGGGUAAGAGCAAAGGAAAAAUGUAUCAAUUUCACGCAUCUCAAUGAAGAUGUUGGAGGUAUAAAGCCGUUCGUUGCUCCGGGGAAUAGUAUCAUUCGUUUGUGAUCACUUGCCUAAAUCACACCUAGGAAAGGUCAUCAUGAAGGCGACCGCUAUCGUUAUUGUUGCUUUUGUCGCAUUGUCGACCGUUUCAGCACGUGUCGAUCGGACGGAAAAACGCAGCAUUGGCGAACAUGGGGCACAACUUUCAUCAUACAAUAAUCACGUGCUUCAACAGCAGCAGUUCGAUUAUCAGAAAAACCAGCCCAACCAGGAGAAAUGGUCCCAGCCGGAUGAGCAACUGAACAAAGCGGAGGAGUACCACCAGCAAGUUCAACAACAGCUCCAGUGGGAAUCGCAGAAGGAACGUUCUCCAAUGCAUCAUGGAAUUGAUAACCAUCAUUACAAGCACUUUGAGCAUCAGCAUCAAUAUCAGAACCAAGCCGCAAAGCCCGUUCAGUAUCAUUAUGUUCAGGAGCAAGAGCACCACCAGCAGCAAUACCAACAGCAGCCUCACUACCAGCAACAAGUGCAAUUCCAGCACUAUGAAGAUCAGCAAGAACAGAGCAAGCCCCACUAUUAUCAGCUGCAGCAAGAACAGCACCAGCAAUACGAGCAUCUGCGUCAACAAGAUCAACAUCAACAGCACCAGCACGGAUGGGAUCAGCAGAAGCAAGUCGUCAGCGUCAGCCAUGUCACCCAGCAAGUACCCUACCCAGUUCAUGUGCAGAAGAAUGUCGCCGUUCCUGUCCACGUUGCCUAUCCGGUGCACGUCCAGAAGCCCGUCCCAGUAGUGGUGGAGAAAAAAGUUCCGGUCUACGUAGAAAAACAAACCCCUUAUCCAGUUGAACGUCCGGUGCCGUACCCGGUUAAGGUUAAGGUCCAGGGCCCAACCUACAAGGACAUCCACGUCGUGCACGUUCCCAAGCCAGUCGCAGUUCAUGUCGAUAAGCCUUAUCCAGUGUACGUGGAGCAUCCGGUUUACGUGGAGAAACCGGUGCCCCUGCAGGUGGUCAUCAUGGAACACAAGAAGAAGUCCUUCUGGGGCUGAUUCGUUCCUCCAGGGUGUUACCUUCCUGUUGUACGUUUGUUGAUAGGUUUGUAGUUAGACGAAAAGUAUGUAAGUAGGAAAUGUUAAUAAAUUAUUUAUUGAUAUUCGAA